AUAUUUUGUUGCUUUUAUCUGCAGGUUAAAUAUAUCGUCUUAGUUCAUCAAUUGGAGAGUAAUUAUUGGAUUUAGAUGAGAAGAGCUGCAAUGUGCUUCUCGCUGUCACAGUUUCCUCGAUGUAGAGUUCAUACAUUGACUAAUUCAUGGUGGCAAAGUUUCCACCAUAUAAGUAGGAUUGGUAGGGGAAGCAUUAGCUCCAAGAUUCUUGCCUCUGGUAAACAUGGGCUGGAAGGUAGAUAUAAUAGUACUGAGAAUAAACGGACACUAACUACAAAAUCUGAAGGGAAAGACAAGGCUACUUUUAGCAGAAAAACAACUAUCAGCCACGAAAUAUUAGAUGAAACUACAAAAUCUAAAGUAGACGUAUAUAGUUCAGAAAUAACUGAAAUAGGAAGUACACAAUAUGUUGAUAUUCGACAAUCAAUUGCUGAAAACAAAGAUUUGGCCAAACUCAUGACUUUUAUCAUUUUUGAUAUUGAGACCACUGGGUUUAGCAGAGAACAUGAAAGAAUUAUCGAGAUUGCAUUGCGAGAUCUUCAUGGGGGUGAAAACAGCACAUUCCAGACAUUAGUCAAUCCUGGACGUAGUGUUCCCAAUGCACAUAUCCACAAAAUUACUACCGGUAUGGUCAAUAGACCUGAUGUCCCCAGGAUGGGGGACCUCAUUCCGAUCUUGUUGAGGUAUGUAGGAAGCCGCCAGAAACCUGGUGGAUAUGUGGUGUUGGUUGCGCAUAAUGCUCGCGGUUUUGAUGUUCCUUUUCUAAUUAAGGAAUUCAGUAGAUGCUCUUUUGAUAUUCCCUCAAAUUGGUUGUUCGUUGAUACUCUUCCUCUGGCACGUGAAGUCAUGAAGUCGACAGGCUCAAAGGUUCCUCCAAAAGUCUCAUUGCAAGCCCUUGGUCAACACUAUGGGAUCCCAUUAGCUGGUACUGCUCAUAGAGCCAUGGUGGAUGUGCACAUGUUAUCUGCAGUUUUUCAACGGCUGACUUUCGACCUGAAGUUGUCAAUCCCUUCUCUUAUUGAAGGGCAUUCCUUUUGGCCAUCAGAAGUAGGCAACUCAAAGAAGAAGAGGAAUCCUGGCUAAACAUAGAAACCAUACUCAGGUUGUUCAAAUAGUCAGUUGUAACAUUCUUUUUAGUGAAGUUAUUGCUGUAAACAAGUGAUAGAAUUAGCUAAUUAUUCCAUUAAAAAGGCUGGUCAGAAACCAGUGUUGUUUAUGAGCCUUGGCAUUGAUCUUUGCCACUCUUGUAAUUUAACUUCUCUUUACCUAGUCAGGAAUUUGAAAAAUCCUGUUGAAUUUGCAGCUGUCAAAUGGUUUUCUUUGUCUUUCAUAUGACUGAAUCAGUUAAGUCUCAAUCCUAACUUGUAAUUCAGAUCGGCAAUAUGUAUUUUAUAUAUCAAUUUCGCUCUUCAGAGUUCAGUA